AUGCUGACUUUCUUGUAUUUUCCAUACAACUUGGGGCUUAACGACUCUGGCAGCUUGAUGUUUCGCAUGGGAGCAGAGGAUUACACAGUAGAGGAGGCGACUGCGCAUCUCCUGAACUUUGCCAAGGACUUAGCUGAGGUCACGGUGGACGGCACCGCAGUCUCAGAGACGAUCCUCACCGUACCCUCAACUGCUACUAUGCUCCAGCGUCGAGCAAUUCUCCACGCGGCUAGGAUUGCCGGGCUGCCUAAGCCACAGCUUAUCCAUGAAACAUCAGCUGCAGCUCUUCAUCGAGCUUUGGAUCUUUCUCUUGGAGGUGCAGGAACUCCGGGUACUAACACCUCUGACGCAGUGGAACCCAAUAGGUCCAACACAUUGUUCUUCAACAUGGGUAGCCAUCAUGUUGAGGCUUGUGUUGUCCGUUAUGCAGGCGCCACUUACCAAAACAAGGACACAGUUGCGGUCAAUGUCAUCGGUUGCGGGAUCAGCAACGAGCUGGGAGGACAUCAAGUCGACCUCAUCAUUGCUGACAAGAUGCUAGACUCCUUCAAGGCAAAGCACCCAAAGUUGAACGAUGUGGACAAGUCCGUCAGGGCCAUGAAGAAGCUUGAGAAGCAGGCUGUUGCGUUGAAGCAUGUGCUCAGUGCGAACAAGGAGGGCCAGUUCAGAGUGGAGUCCUUGUAUGAAGACACGGACUUUGCGCAGCAGGUCACACGAGAUCAGUUUGAGAGCUGGACCGCAGACCUGUUUUCCAGAUUCCGGGCUCCCAUCGAGGAUGCUUUGAGCAUCUCAAAUACCAGCCUCAGUGACCUGGAAGCUGUUGAGAUGAUAGGUGGUGGAUGGCGUAUUCCAAGGAUACAAGCGUUGCUGGCAGAAUACCUGAAGGAAAUGCGCCCUCCAAGCGCAGAAGUCUUGAAUCUUAGUCAGCACGUGAAUGGCGAUGAGGCUAUGGCCACCGGAGCGGCCUGGUAUGGUGUGAACUCAUCUGUCAGUUUCAGAGCCAAGAAGAUAUAUUUCACUGACAUCACGCCUCAUCGAUAUGAUUUGGUGAUCACGCCCUUGAAUGCUUCGCAGCUGCACGAAGAUGGAUGGAUAAAAGGCGUUGAGCUUUUUCCAGCCUUUGGGAGUCUUCGAGCCAAGAAAACUGUGAAGAUGAAUGUCUCCUUUGACCUGAAGGUUACCUUGUUGGAGAACGGCAACCCACAAAGUCAUUGGGAGUUUACAGGCAUCCAUGCAGCUACAUCGCAGUAUGCAGAACUGAAGAAGCCGCUAGUUUCACUGAAAUUUGACUUGGACGGAAGCGGGGUUGUCUUGGUGUCCAGCGCCACAGCAAUCUUUGACCAGCGGCGGACCAUGUCGCCUCAGGUGCGUGCACAGCUGGUUGCAAUGCUCACCCCAGGCCAGUCACGCUGA